AUGAUUGAGCAUAACCACUCCAUGACAACUGAAUUUAUUCUCCUAGGAUUUACAGAUCAACCAGAGGUGAAGAUCCUUCUCUUUUUGGUGUUCUUUGUCAUCUAUCUGAUUACCAUGGUGGGGAAUCUUGGUUUAGUUGCACUGAUUCACAUGGAGAAUCGUCUUCACACACCAAUGUACAUACUUCUGGGCAACCUGGCUCUGAUGGAUUCCUGCUGUUCCUGUGCAAUUACCCCAAAGAUGUUAGAAAACUUCUUCUCUGAAGACAGAAUGAUUUCCCUCUAUGAAUGCAUGGCACAAUUUUAUUUCCUCUGUCUUGCUGAAACUGCAGACUGCUUUCUUCUGGCAGCAAUGGCUUAUGACCGGUAUGUGGCAAUAUGCAGCCCACUGCAGUACCACACCAGGAUGUCAAAGAAACUCUGCAUUCAGAUGACCACAGGGAUCUAUAUAGUUGGAUACCUGCAUCCAUUGAUUCAUGUAGGGUUUCUGUUUAGGUUGACUUUCUGUGGUUCUCAUCAAAUCAAUCAUUUCUUUUGUGAUGUUUUCCCACUGUACAGACUUUCUUGUGUUGACCCCUAUAUCAAUGAACUGAUGAUAAUGCUCUGUACAGGGUCAAUCCAAGUCUUUACUAUUACUGUAGUUCUCAUCUCUUAUAUCUGCAUCCUUUUCAGUAUUUUCAAAAUGAAAUCAAAAGAGGGAAGAGGCAAAGCCUUAUUGACUUGUGCAUCCCACUUUUUCUCUGUCUCAAUAUUCUAUGGUUCUCUUCUUUUUGUGUAUGUUCAACCAAGUGCAGCUAAAGAAGAAGAUGAAGAUAUAUCUGUUGCUGUUUUUUAUACUUUAGUAAUUCCUUUAUUAAACCCUUUUAUUUAUAGUUUAAGAAAUAAGGAAGUAAUAAAUGUUAUGAAAAGAAUUAUGAAGAUGAAUAAAUCUUGUAAUAUUCUGAAAUAA